AUGGCGUCGUCGUCGGCGGCGGCCACCGCGACGCGCAAAGGCCCGGCGCUCGACGGCACGGACAACGGUGGUGGUGGUGCCGGCCGCAAGAGCAAGCAGGCGCGGAUGAUCACGCUGGGGAGCAUCGGCGACUACGAGACGCAGGAGGCGAUCGGGGCGGGCAGCUUCGGCGUGGUGGUCAAGGCGCGGCACCGCGGCACGGGCGAGGCGGUGGCCAUCAAGUGUGCCCGCAAGGCGCCCAAUAGCAACAGCUACCUCCGCCGCAUCCUCCGCGAGGCCGGCUGUAUGGCGGCCUGCCGCGGCCACCCGUCGGUCGUGGGCAUCAGGGACGUCGUCGUGGACGCCGCCACCGGGGACGCGUUCCUCGUCAUGGAGCUCGUCGGCGGAGGCAGCCUGCUGCGCCUGCAGAGGACUCGAGCUCGGGCGCGCUUCUCGGAGGGCGAGACGCGCGCGUUCAUGCGGCAGCUCCUGCGCGGCGCGGAACGGAUGCACGGCGCCGGGAUCAUCCACCGCGACAUCAAGCCCGGCAACAUCCUCGUGAGCGGCGCCGGCGCCCUCAAGAUCUGCGACCUGGGGCUCGCCACGCCGGCGGCGAGGAGGGCCGAGGGGACGGCGGCGUACGCGUACCCGUACCCGGAGCGCCGCGUGGGCACGCUGCUCUACCGCUCGCCGGAGCAGCUGGCGGGCCGCCGGGACUAUGGCCCCGGCGUCGACGUCUGGGCGCUCGGGUGCGUCAUGGCCGAGCUCCUCACGGGAAGGCUCAUGUUCGACGAGGAGACGGAGGAUGGCAUGGUCGCCAGGGUGACGGAACUGGAGCACGCGCUCGCCGAGAGGAGGCUGCAGGCGUUCGACGACUGGCCGACGUUCCAGGGCCUACCGCAUCUGUCGCGGGGCGCGCGCGAGGUUCUCGCGGGCCUGCUUGCCGUCCAGCCACGGGACAGGCUCACCGCCGCGGCCGCGCUCCAGCAUCCGUGGUUCGCCGAGGAAGAAGAAGAGAAGGAGAAGGAGCAUCCUGCGGCCACCUGCCGCAGCGCAGGCAGAGCAGCUCGGAGUAGCAAUGCUAGUGUAGUGACCGUCGUGGUCUGA